CAAACAUACCCCUUUCCUUUCCCCGCAGCAACUGAAAGCCGUCUCCCUCCCACCUCCUUUGGCAGUCUUCUCUCACUCUUCUCUGGCUCCCCCUCCGCCAGCAAGGCAGAAGAUGGCAUUAAGGCAAAUGCUAUUCAACACCAGAUCAAUGUUUUCGACACCGGGGUUGGCCAGAUUCUCCACCAAAUCAAACCCUUACCUAGUGAAGGUUGGGAUCCCAGAGUUUUUGAAUGGCAUUGGCAAUGGAGUGGAAUCCCAUGUAACCAAGCUUGAGUCUGAGAUCGGAGACUUCCAAAAGUUGCUUGUCAUUCGUACUCUCAGGCUGAAGAAACUUGGUGUCCCUUGCAAACAUAGGAAGCUCAUCUUGAAAUACACUCACAAGUAUAGGCUAGGACUCUGGAGGCCUCGAGCUCAGCCCGUCAAAGCCUAGUUAGUUUAGGAGUGUCGCGUCCUUUACACCGAUUUAGUCUGCCGCAAAAUGCGACUGUCGGAUACUUGAUGUACUGAGAUUUGAAAGAAGAGUUUUACUUGCUUGUUAUAGUCGUCCGUCUCCUUUAUUUAAUUUAUAAUGUAGUUUAUUGGUUUAGUGUCUGAUAUACUGAAUGCACCUGGACAGUUGAAUAUAACAAUAAAUUUUUAGCACAUUUAA